UUAGCAAUGACUAAGAUCAACGUCGACUCUAUUGGUAUUAUUGGUGCCGGACCAGGUGGUCUUGCUGCCCUUUACGAAUUCCUCCACACCAACAAAGAUGGCUCAUCUACUCUGGGAGGUGCACAAGCUGCCGAUCCUGCAUUCUCGAAAAUUGUGGCUUUCGAACAAAAGGCAGAAGCUGGUGGUAUUUGGACUCCUGCUAGUGUGCAAGCUGAUCUCCCUGUUCCUCCUCAGCACAUUUUAGAUCUGGAAGAAUACCAACUGCCGGAAGUUGUCCGUCCUAGAGUGGACCCACCUACGGGUAUCGAAGGUGCCAGUAUUGAUAGUCCAGUUGUUGAAACCGUGGGUAAGCAUGGUAAUGAAUUGGAAUGGAGCAGAAGUGGGAUCUUUCCUAACUUGUUCACUAAUAUUCCUGCCAGAUUUACUAGAUACUCAUUCAUGCCUGAUGAAGACAAGUACCACGACAAGAGCAGAAAGAUCUACCCCUUUUUGCACCACCAAGAAUUAUCCCAAAGAUUCAGUAACUUUAUUGAACAAGAACAAUUGAACAAAUACAUCAGAUUUAACACUACUGUUGAAAAAGUUGAGAAGAAUGAUGCUGGUAAAUGGGUUGUUUCUGCCAAAAGAAAGAAUGGUGACAAGAAUGAAUGGUACCAAGAAGAAUUCGAUGCUAUUGUUGUAUCCAACGGUCACUACACUGUUCCUCAUAUCCCUAAAAUCCCAGGUCUUGCCGAGUUCAACAAGAAGCACCCUGGAGUAUUAAUCCAUGCCAAAUCUUUCAGAGGUACUGACGAAUUCAAAGACAAGAAUGUUUUAGUUGUUGGUGGUCUGAUUUCAACCGCUAAUGUUUUACAAUACAUUGUUCCAGUUGCGAAAAAAACUGUAAACUCCAAGAGAGGAAGACAUUAUGUUUUUGAAUUCAUCAAUGAUGCCCUUGUCUCCGAAGGUAUCACACCAAAGGGUCAAAUUACCAAGAUCGAUCCAGAGUCGGGAGAAGUCCACUUUGAAGAUGGUACCACUGAUGUAUUUGAAAAGAUUCUUUUCUCCACUGGUUACCACUACCAUUAUCCAUUCUUAGCUGACCAUUUCAAGCUUGUCAACCCAGGUAACCUCUCUCGUGUUGAUGGUUUGUACUUGCACACUUUCAACCAAGCUGAUCCAACCUUGGGUUCCGCUGGUAUUGCUGUGUCUCAAUUGAACUUCCACACUAUUGAAGCUAGUGCUGCUGCUCUUGCUGGUGUUUGGUCAGGUGCCAAGACUCUUCCUACCGUUCAAGAACAAAAGGAUUGGGAAAGAAAAGACGUUGAAGAGAAAGGUGAUUCUAUCUUCUUCCAUUAUUACUCUCAUCGUGAUGCCAAGGAAAAGUUUGUUGAUAAAUUAGCUCCAUAUUUCCCUGAAGGUCGUGCCAAUCCAUUAGCAAGGGAUCAACAAUAUGUUGGUGAAAUUGAUGAGGGUCUUGAAUACUUGAAAGAUUUAUUCUAUGGAUUGAAGGACAAGAGUAUUAAGGUUGAAGAAACCAUUUUAGCGUAGGGUAGAUAAUUAGAUUGAUAUUUGUAAUAUGCACAUAGUAUUUCUUUUUCUUUUUUUGAAUCUUUACUCCAAUUUAUAUUUGGAGCAAAAUGGCUGCAAAAAAAAGACAAACGCAAGUUAGCUGGGUUAUGUUUACUAAAAUUAUGAUAAAUAACAAUAUUGUUUAAUGGCUUGUUUCUAUGAAAA